AUGAAGCCUCGUUUCCGAACUGAUAAGCUCGUGAUAAGGCCAAAUUUUGUUGCCUCUGUCCGUUUCCAAGCCAAAAAGACCAUGAUUUUCUCUAUUCUUCUUCUCGUCCCUCUAGUGGCCACUAAUCCCAUUUCGGAGCAGCUGGCCGUGCAGGAGAAACUCUCGUUGGAAUGCGCCGUUUGCCAGUUUUUCGGAUUCGCGACGGCGGCUCACACUGGAGCCACCAGAGAUGGUUUGGAAAUGUAGUCCGUUCACUGCUGGAUUGGGUCAAAAAUGACGGAAGAUGGGUAUAAACCAAGGGUUGAGCCCCGGGUGUCCUUUCGGACAGUUCUAAGCGAUCACUUAAGUGAAGUUGGGGUUAACUUGAGGUAGCACCAGUUUAAAAAUUUGGAAGUGAUCCCUAAAGGGGGCAAAGUCGAUAUAAGGGGACUAUCAGUUUUGUAAUCAAUCUUAGAGUUAAAAAGUUGAAAAUAAUCGAUUUACCCUUUUUUGAUAAUAAUUCAAAAAAAGCUCUUUUCCUAUAGGGACCACUAUGGAGUUCCUAAGUAUUAUAUAUCUUAACCUCCUGUUUUCCCACACUAUCUCAGUGAAUUGUGGUUCAUUCACCAUGAGUUUCAGGUGAUUAUAUAGGAAAAUAAUAAAAUUAGACGUUUUUUUAUUUAUUUUGACUCAAGCCAGCUUUGAAUGGUUUAGUCUAUUUAGAAUCUUUUAAAGGCGCAGGUAGUUUCCCUGAAGAAAAAAUGACCCCGCCCUGCGCCUUUAAAGGAUCAUUCAUUUCUUUAAAACUCAUAACUGAAUUUUCGAUUUUUGUUCAGUUUUUGAAUAUUUUUAGAACUUCCUAAUUUUUUUAGUUAAACAAUAUUUCAGCCUCUAUUACCCACUGCACCAGGUUCAGCGGUUGCAAAAGUCAACUAACUGAUUGUCAGGUUUUCUUAUUCAUAUAAACAUUUGAAGAAUAACAAUAUCCAGAUCGUCGCCGUGCUGUAUCCGGCGUUGAACGAGGUCGAGGACAAGUUCAAAAAUAUCAAAGUUAUCCUGAAAGAGGCGACCGAAAAGUGCGCACACGGUACAUUUUUCAAAGGAGCAUAGGGCGAAAUACAAAAAAAAGUCUCGAAGCGAAAACCACUUUCACCGUUUAUUUAACCUUAAACAUCCUAGCAAGAUUUUCUAAACUUUUAUAUUUUCUUUUUUCAGACGAAAAACACGUCGUGAUAAAUUCGAACGAUGCGAGCGUCCAAUGCACGAUUUGCGUGCUGGUUUAUGACGUCCUUCUGUAUUUCAAUACAGGUUUUUCGACUCUUUCAUUCAAUUUCAGGACAAGAAAUGAGAAGAAUAGAUGGGGGAGACUCCGGAGCAUUUUUUUUUGUCAUUAAGUUAAUUUAUAACAAAUCGCUGAAACAUGAAAGACAGGGUUUAAGAAUCAGUUCGGUGUGUGACGCUACUUUUUGAAUUAAAACAACGGAUUUUUUUCGGAUCGAUUAUGUAUUGAUUUCAAUGGUUUCAACCUACUGAAAACCGACUUUUUAUGGUCUCCUAAGGCUCUCUAGCAGCUCAGAAACUCAAAAACCUAUCAAAAAAGGGUUCAGUAACGAUUUAUACAGUAUCCUAGCAUAAAUUCUUCCAGGAAUCUGGCAAUCUCCGAUCAUUGGCGACUUCGUCAAUGCCCUGAGCGCCGCCUGCAUCAUCAUCAAUCAAAACUUUGUUCGCUAAAUUUUUAAAUUUACUUUAAUUUUCGAAAAUUCUCAGUGCGAAGUCCUGGAAACGACGGACGCGCUGGGCGCGAUUGUCCGCGGGAUCCAGGAUUCUCUGGGCAGUUUCUACGAUUUGAUCGCCGUCGGCGGAUUCGGUUGCCCUGCCUACCAGGAUCUUUUCGGCAAAUGUUAA